AUUCCGCGCGAGCCAGAGGAAGGCAGAGGGACCGCGGAGCGAACUGCACGCCCCGUGCAGAGCCAGCCAGCCAGCCAGCCAGCCAGCGAGCGCCGGUGGAGCCCGCGUGGAGGGAGCCGCCGAUUGAACACCCUGCAAGAUGAACUCCCUGCUGUCCCGGGCCAACUCGCUGUUCGCCUUCACGCUGAGCGUCAUGGCGGCGCUCACCUUGGGCUGCAUCCUCACCACCGCCUUCAAAGACAGGAGCGCGCCCGUGCGCCUGCACGUCUCCAGGAUCCUGCUCAAAAAAGUGGAAGACUUCACCGGACCCAGAAAGAAGAGCGACCUGGGCUUCAUCACCUUCCACAUCUCUGCGGAUCUGGAGAAGACUUUCGACUGGAACGUCAAGCAGCUCUUCCUUUAUCUGUCGGCAGAAUAUUCCACCAAAAGCAACGCUGUGAACCAGGUGGUCCUCUGGGACAAGAUCCUUCUGCGAGGCGAGAACCCCAAGCUGAACCUGAAAGACGUCAAAAGCAAGUAUUUUUUCUUUGACGAUGGACACGGGCUCAAGGGAAACAGGAAUGUCACUUUGACUCUCUCCUGGCAAGUGAUACCGAUUGCUGGGAUCCUGCCUCUUGUGACUGGAUCUGGACGCGUGUCUGUCCCGUUUCCAGAUUCCUAUGAAAUAGCCACGACUUUUUGAAGAAUUCUCUCUGCAUUGGAAACGGGGACAUCUGUGGACUCAAGAAAUCGCAUCUCCUCAUCAUUUCCCUCAAGUCUUGCUGACUUCUCUUUUGUUUUGUUUAUUUUAAAACAUGCUGGUUUUGUUCUGGGACUGGCUGCACUCAUCCUCAUGCUUCCCUGAGCCUAACAUAGAGACUAUAUUCAUUGAUCUUAGUGUGUGUGUGUGACAUUGGUUAUCACUCUUCCUCUGUAUAAGAAUUAACAUCAAAUUUUAUAGUUGGAGGGAAAGGCUAAUAGAGUUCUGGAACUUUCUUUAUUCUACCAAUGAAACAACAAAGAAGUUCACCAGAGUAGGUUAUUAUUAGACAGUUGGAUAAUGAGGAUUGAAAAUAAUACACAGUUUUGUCAUAUUCACUACAUUAUCCCAUGUGAUAUAUAAAAUUUGGGGAGAAUUUUAAAAUUAGAUGUUUUGGUAUUGUCACAAUAACUGUAUUUUAUUCCUGAGAUUCCUUGUAGGUCCACAUUGAAUGCCGUUUUCUUAUAUCUUCUAGGGUGUGUUUGAUUACUAGAAAAAUUGUGAUUUGUUUCGUAAGAGUCUGACAUGCAAAAUAGUUAAACACGAGUCAGAAAUCUUACUGCUUUCCUUCCUUGCCAGCAAAUGUGACCAUUUAAAUAGUGAACGUAUCUUGAGGCUGUAAAUGAUUCUGCCUCUCUUUAAGUGUGUGUCUUACAGUGGUUUCUCAACAAAGAUUGCUGUGCAGUGUAUCUUUGUCUUAGCACUGUUGCUGAAGUUUGAAAAUGUUUGCAUGUUUAACAUGAGAUCGUAUGUUCUAGUAUGUUUAAUGCCAUUAAAUAAAUGCUAACUGCUUAAAACUCU